AGUGUAGCUCCCCCGUCCGCGGAGCAGGUACCUUGCGCGCUCCGUCUCGCCGGCACCUCGCUUAAUUCACCAGAAAUUAGUGAAGAAAAUGUUGCGACAUCAGGAGCGGUAGUGAUUCAGGAACCGUGGUGUGUGAUGUGUGGUGACCCACUGCAGGCGCACAGGAUGUGUGACCGAGUGUAGCGGAAGUGUCACAGUGAUUCCUCGAGUUCAGCGGGAAAAGUACAGAAAAAAAACCCAGCUCAAGUGUAACAUAAGCGACAAUUACCUCUACGGAUGGCGGCGACUGAGGACUGGAAUCCUCGGAGCCUGUCCACCUUUUCGACGUUCGGGGGCGGGCAGGGGUCUCCGCCGCUCCUGGGCCUGAACGGACACACCAACGGCGGCUUGCACAUCGGCAGCACGGGCGGCGGCGUGGGCGGGGUGUCCGUGCUGGUGCCGCCCUCGAAAGCCAACGGGGCCGUGACGGUGAACGGGUCGGCGCCGCCCGAACUGCUGGCCAGCCCCGAUGUGAUCGCGCACUGCCACAAGCCCGCGCAUCCCCUCGGGCCCGAGAUAGUGAGCCACGUGCCCAAGCCCAUAGGCAUGCCCGUGGCGCCGCCCAGUAUCGAGGGCGUCGUGCGCCCCCGGCACACCCACAGCAAGUCUCUGGUGGGGGAUGAGUUGCAGCCCUUGCCCGCCCCUCGCCACGCCCACUCCAGGUCCCUGGUGGACACGAUGGACCUCAUUCCGCCCAAAUCUCCCGACGGGGUGGACUCGACCGAAAUCAACCUGUUCCUCGGCCCAGCGGACCGGCGCUUCGGUUUCUCGGUCGUGGGCGGCGUCGACGAAGGCUUCCCCCCGAGGCUCGACGAGAUUGCCAAGGGUUCGCCGGCAGACAAAGCAGACCUCGAAGUCGGUGACGAGAUUCUGGAAGUCAAUGGGAAGAGCCUAGAGGACGCCACCCACACGGAGGUCAUCUCACACAUACAUCAGUGCAUUAGAUCAAGAACAAUAUGUCUCCGCGUGAAGAGAAGAACAGGCAACAAAUUAGCUGUGGACUUGGCCGCGAGUUCGAACGUGCAAGAUGCGUUCGUCAUCGCCGUGGAGCAGCAGGCCCGAGAGCGGCUCGAGCGGCUCUCAGCUCUCAAGAAGAUCAAGCCGGUGGACAUGACCAAGCUCUCCUCGCAGUUGGAGCCCCACAAGAGUUUGGUGAGCGUCAACAGCAGCGGAGGGCAGCCGAGCCCCGGCGGCCGCUCCACGGGCGUCCCCGUCGCCAAGGAACAGCAGCAGCAGCAGCAGCAGCCGCGAGACGACGUCAACGGCGUCUUAGACAACUCCCCGAUCUACGUGACCAGCGUCCCCAACCUCACCUCCGACCUCCCCCGUGACAGGUCGCGCUCCAGGUCGUCCACGCCCAACCGCACCUCGCCCAGCCCCCGGCGCCACCACUCCACGCGGAGCGCCCGGGACACGCCGCCUUCGCCCCUCACGCCCAGCCCGCGGCGGGAGGCGCCCACGCUAAAGGAUAAGGGCGUGGACAGCUCGAGUGCGGAGCGCAGCUCGCGGCGCUCCAGCAGGAGGAAGAGCCCCUCGCGCCUGGCGAACGGCCACCACGGAGCCGAGGGCGAGGCGGACGCCAACAAGAGCGGCGACGAGCUCGAGCUCACGCACGACCUCAACGACACGCUCGACGACACAGAGGACCUCGACCAGGACCCGCCCGAGGCCCUGCUCGACCGCACCGACUCCGAGGACAAGGUUGACCUCGAGGGCACGUGCCUGAGCGAGAGCGGAGACUCCCUGCCGGGAACCCCGGAGAAGACCUACGGCAUCGUCCGCUCCGAGUCCAGGCGCUCUCGCAGCAGCCGCCGUGACCGCGGCGCCCAGAGGGAGGUGCUGCUGGACCACGACCCGCAGCAGGAGGUGCGCGCCAAGACGCCGCUGCACGCCGUCAGCAGCAUCGAAAGUCGCGACAGCACAAGUUCUCGCAAGUCUGGGGGCAGCAGCGGGAGUGGAGAAGUUGGCCGUGGAACGCCGAGGCACAAGGCAACUGGAGGAAGCACCCCCAGACACUCCAGAAAGAACAGAGACACUUCACGGGACUCCACCAUUAUUUCUGCCCCAGAGAUCGGUUACGACAAUAUGAUCAGCAUGGUAGAGUUUGAUCCAGGUCACAGGGAGAUGGCAGUGGACGUGCCGGACUCUUUUGUAGCACGAACCAAAACCCCACCAAGGUAUCCACCACCAAAACCUCAGGGCCAAACCAUCACCCCAAUCCACAACAACAACAAUAACAGCAGCAAGAGCAGCAAGAAGGGAGGGUCGUCGGGCAGCGCCACGCCACAGAAUGGAACCUUGCCCAAGCCAGCACCCCAGCCGUCAAUCCCCCCACAGCCCCACUCACCACCUCACGUUCCUCCGCCCCAGGAAGGGCUGAUGCAAAUGCCUUCUUCGCAAGAGGAGAUAAGGAUGAGGAAAUACGAGGAGGAGUUAAAACUUCGAAGGGAACGUGAGGAGCAGGAGGCUAUGCUGAGGUCCUCAUUGCGUUCCUCCCAGAAGCUUCAACAGCUUGCUUCACAUCCUGUACCUACUGGUGUUGUAAAUGAGGCAUUUUCAGUGGAAGAGUCACAGUCAGGACUGGAGCAACAAGCCAGUGCUGACACACCUAGUAAAGUUAUAGGUAUAAAUGAGCUUAUUCAGUCACUCCAAAGGAUUCAGACAGUGCUCAAGUCUAAUGGACACAGGAUUAGUGAAGACAUGACCCUAGUGGCUCAACUAUUGACAAAUCCGGAGUUCCAAAAGGUGCUGGCUGUUCACAAUAAGGUGCAAGAAACAUGGUGUUUGAACAGACCCCCAACACCAGUCACAGAUAAUGCUCAGGCACUAUUAGCUGAGAGCCUUCAGGAACUACAAGAAUACUCUGUACCUGAGGCAGCAGAACUAAUUGACAUACUCAACAAAUACUCGAUGGAAGGGCUCUUAUAUGCUCACGACAGAAUUGCCGAGAGAGAGCCUUUACCUGUCGGGAAUCUGCCAGAGGAGGAAGUUCUGGACAGAGUUUCUCAUUACCCAGAGGACAGCGUUAAGAUUGUUCGCAUUGACAAAACUAACGAGCCUUUGGGAGCAACUAUUCGAAAUGAAGGCGACUCAGUAAUAAUUGGUCGAAUUGUAAAAGGUGGUGCUGCUGAAAAAUCUGGUCUCCUUCAUGAAGGGGAUGAAAUAUUGGAAGUCAAUGGUGUUGAAGUUAGGGGCAAGUCUGUGAAUGAUGUCUGUGACAUGCUAGCUGGUAUGACAGGCACUUUAACGUUUAUCAUCAUCCCAAGUGGAACCCAGCAACAGCAGCCUCCCCCAACACGACCCCCUAUUACCCAGACCAUACAUGUCAAGGCACACUUUGACUAUGACCCAGAGGAAGACCUUUAUAUACCCUGCAGGGAGCUGGGCAUGAGUUUCCAGAAAGGAGAUAUUUUACACAUUAUCUCUCAAACUGACCCCAACUGGUGGCAAGCUUAUAGAGAUGGAGAAGAGGACCAAACACUGGCAGGACUUGUUCCUUCUAAAUCUUUCCAACAACACCGUGAAGCCAUGAGACAGACAGUGGUUGGAGACAAUAACAACAAGGAGAAGCCCAAGAAAGGGAAGCUACUAUGUGCCAAAAAGCAUCAGAAGAAAAAGAAGAAAAAAAUGCUCUAUCCAAAUUAUAAUGAAGCACGGAGCAACUCUCCACUCCCUCUGCCAGGAAGAGGUGGGCCGGGUACUGAUAUCCUAAAUGAGACGGAGAACUCAGGAACCCAAGCACGGAGUAGGGUGUUAACUCUGAGACUUGCUCUCCCAGCUUGCCAGUGUAUUAAGGGCAGUACACUGAGGAGACGAUGCAGCUCAUUGUCUGAUCUGGAUGUUGAUUUUGACUCUGAAGAAAUCCUCACUUACGAAGAAGUGGCUCUUUAUUAUCCACGAGCCAACAGAAAACGACCUAUUGUUCUCAUUGGACCUCCCAAUAUUGGUCGGCAUGAACUCAGGCAAAAGCUCAUGGAGGACAGAGAUAGAUUCGCUGCUGCCAUUCCACACACAUCUCGUACACGAAGAGAAACUGAGCUGGAUGGUCAGGACUACCACUUCAUAUCUAGAGCGCAGUUUGAGGCAGACAUUCUCUCUCGCAAGUUUGUUGAGCACGGGGAGUAUGAAAAAGCCUAUUAUGGGACCAGCAUAAUGGCUAUCAGAGCUGUGGUGAACUCAGGGAAGAUUUGUGUGCUGAAUCUUCACCCACUGUCACUCAAGAUCCUCAAGAGUUCUGACCUCAAGCCUUUUGUGGUGUUUGUUGCUCCUCCUUCCUUAGAGAAACUCAGGCAGAAGAAGCAGAAGUUGGGAGAGCCAGUCAAAGAUGAGGAGCUCAAAGAAACAAUAGAGAAGGCCAGGGAAAUGGAAGAGCAGUAUGGUCACUACUUUGACCUGAUCAUCAUAAACCAGGAUGUGGACCGUGCCUACCAUCAGCUGCUACAUGAGAUUAACAUGUUGGAAAGGGAGCCGCAGUGGGUUCCAGCAGCAUGGCUUGCACAUGACCAGUGAUAGGUACUGUAGUGCUUCUAUGGUGCCAAAUUUUUACCUGUGCGCUUCCCUCUAGCCAAAGGCAGAAUUCUCCUCAGUGCUGCUGCUCUCAAGAUACGUUCCUUGUGUGGAAGUCUCACUUGAAGGGCAGCUGAGUUUUUACAAUCAAUGAUGUGAUGGCUUGAUGCUACAAUCCAUUGUCUGGUGAACACUAGGUGCAUGAAAUCAGUUGACUGUGUUAAGGUUGUGUUUUGAAAAUGGAUUAUCAUAUGGAGUCUAACCGAAGGAAUUGAAAGAAAAAUACAUAGCAGAUAGCUGCUUUGAUAAAUGAUUGGACAAUAUAUUAACAUUGUAAAUUGACUUUCAUUCUAAUACCUCCCCUGCCCUGUGUGGACAUUUAACUUAGGUAAUAAAUCUAGACCACGGCUCCAUUUACAAAAGGUGGGAAGUUUAAGCCCAUUGUAACGGGAUAAAAUCAGGCAGACAAAUGAUGGAAGACAAACCAGACAAAAACUGUGGUGUAAAAAGUAUUAAGCAAUCCACCUUUUGUUGAGGUGGCUCAAGUGUGUGUGAUACUAGGCAGAAUCUAGAAACACGUUAUUACCCUGUAAAGAAGACCCUCAAAUCCUUCUUGAGAGUUUAAUCUCUUUUUGUUAUUUACAUUUUCUAUUUCUUUUAUUUUCCUGUACAUAAAAUUCUUUUACAUUAUGUUUGAAAAUUUAUAUACAAUAUAUCUAUAUCAUGUUUAUCAAACCUGCAGAUUUUUUUCCCUCUCUCUCUUUCUUUUCUCUUUUUUUUUGAUAAGUGUCCCUACUUUUCAAAUUUAAAACAUAAUAUAAAGGCUCAUUUCACCCCCAUGUUUAAAGUGUUUUAAUGUCAUACAGAUAACUUUCUAUUGACUUCAUAUUAAAUGUGAGAUUAAAGAAAGUAUUUUAUCAAUUUUCAAGAUAGCUGGAAGCAUUUGCUCAGUUACUAUAAAAGUUUUUAUUGGCAAUGUGCAAUAAGAUGAGACUAAAAAAAAUUAUUCUGAUCAAUUAGCAUGUACUUCAGAUAGUUUCCUUUGAUCCCUUAAAUGUUUGUAAUGUACAUAGAGGUGCCAUAUUACAUCAAAGUUGUGCUUGUAAAUCAAACCUGUGACUCCUGAUCUGUUUGCAGUGUUAAGCAGCAAUAAUAAUAAUACAUACAUCCAAAAAAGUGUGUUGCAAAAGUCUUCACUAUUAUUUCUGUAAGGCUUUAGGAUUUAGCUCUGCCGUUCACAGAGACAAAUAAUCUGAGUGUCUUAUUAUUCAGAAUGAAUAUUGUUUACCAUAUAUUCAUCCCUGAGAAGCCUAUACAGUGAAGUCUCUCAAAAGCACAAGUAUGUGAGAAGUCAAGUUUGUGAUGCUGACAAUAUUGCAAAUACACACAUGAAACUGUAACUUCAGUAUUCCAGUGGUGUUUCCCCAAUUUGUGUAAUUCCUGUAUAUACUGUUAUGAUCUUCCUAUGUUCACUUUGUUGUAAGUAGAAGCAUAUAUGCCUCAUUAUAAUGAACCAUUAAAUGAUUAUGAUUCCUAAAAAUAAAUGUGUAUACCAGCUC